CCGAGAAGAGAGGAAAAUCUAGAUUUAGGUCUUAUCUCUUUCGCCCAGAGUACUGGAAACUGCACCUGUAGUAGUGUUAUCUGUGUUAUUGAUUGUGCGUUCCAAACUCAUGAUAACAGAGAACGUCCGGCAUUUCAAUGCAGGGCAGUUUCAAGAUACAACUUAUAAAUAUGGGGACGCGGGCGGCGGCUUUUACAGCGAAGAUCCGCAGCCUGUAUGACUGCCAGCUGCGGUUGAUGCACAAUAUACAGCCGCUGCCAUCGGGGACUGACAUCGCUAACACCGUCAAGUACUUCUCACAGACGCUUCUUAGCGUACUAAAAGAUGUGCCUCGGUCGCCCUUGGAGAUGAUCCGAGACGCGGACAACGAUGCGGACCGCAUGUUCCUGUACCCCAACCUGGAUUACAAGGGGCUGUUCAACGCCAUCUCGCAACUCGUGGACUCUGCUCCACAUCUGCAGUACGGCAUGCAAGCAUUCGGCCAAGCAGUCCUCCAAUGUCUAGGUUGCCUGCUGCCCUUCCUAGAAUACGACAUGAUCGACAACCUUCCCUACUUAGUGGCGUACUGCGUUGCGGUUCUGCCCGUGUCCUUACACCAGGAGAUCCUGCACUUGUUGUGCUAUUACAUUCUGCCGUUUACCAUCACACGCAAGUACUCAGGACAAGAGGAAGAAAGCCAGGCAUCACAAUCCGUUGCAGCUAUUAUCAUGAUGGUGUUCCAACAUUCUAACAAUCCAGCACAUCACUGCCAGCUCCUAGAAUGCCUGAUGUCGCGGAAGAGCACCGUAGUAAAGGACGUGCUUUGCGUUAUAGCUUACGGUACAUGGGGCGCGCGAGUAUCGGCUGCCAAGCUAUUAUUCUACUAUUGGCCUCCCUUUGAUGCCAAGCUCUUCGAUAGGAAGGGUCUGCUCUGCAAGUUUUCAAAUGACCUGGUCCCAUUCGCGUGUCAGCGCGACAUGUGCCCAAGCAACGGUACAGCGGAGGCGGCCAAAGUUUUUUGCCUCGACCAUUGCAUCAGCGUCACCUUCGCCAGUGACAGUCCCCCGCCGCUGUAUCUCUGUAUCGAGUGCGCCAAUGAGAUCCACAGGGAGCAUCCCAAUCAAAACUUCCUGGAUAUCUUACAUCCUCAGCAACAAGUAUCGAUGGUUUGUGAAAAUAAGAAUUGCCGCUCCACGGACAAAUCGGCCUACUCCAUCUGUUUUUCAAACGAAUGUGCCAAUUACAAUGGAAUGCACCCAAUAAGAUAUUGCCAGCAGUGCCACGGCAACCGUCACAACAGUCGCCGCGGAGGAGACCACGUGGUUCACACACGACUGCCACCCGCUUGGCACAUGGACUCUGACAUGCAAACCAACCUUGUGGAAGCCAUCAUAAGCCUACUCAAAGAAGCGAAGCCUAUAAACAUGGAGGAUCCAGAUAGUUCAUCCGACCAGUUGAAGCCGCCGCUUAGCGUCGAUCUGCCCGACCCUAUAUCGAUCGAGGAUCGCCAACUUUUGGGCCGGUAUGGUGUGUGGUUGAUGGUGGGUUUGUGCACUCCCAAUCCCGAAACACCGGACGAGAUCCUUGGCCGUCUACUCUCCGUGUUGUUCCACUGGUUUCACGUCACAUCCUUCUCUUAUACAGGGGAGCUAGCGAACUUGGUAGAGAAACUAAACGAACACGUGUGUCCUUGGUUGAGGGACAUUGCGUCAUCCCAUCGUGCAGUGCUAGUAGCGUGCCUGCUGCCGCACCCGCCGCACUACAUGCGGCAGGCUGGCCAUUGGGACAACCUGGCCACCAAGACACACCACCUAAAAGAUGGACUUAACAGGCUUUACUGCUUGAUUCCGUAUGGCAUCAUAACUCAGUCCAUCUGGGACUACAUCAUGCCCGCGUGGAUGGAAGCUAUCUGCUCCGACGUCCCUGAAAAGGAGCUGAUCGAGCUGAAAGUCCCCGUCGCCAAGAUUCUCGAGCCGGAUGGUGCUAUGCUGGGGUUAGAUGAGCGCAACCUGUACAACUUCGCUGUGCUGCGCGUCAGUGACACGCCCUCACCCGAAACAGUUCUGCCCGUUUUGGAGUGGUUUCAGACCAUCUCGCUGCUAGAAGUGAAAAUCCCACUGUCGCAGUUAUUCGACUUGUUCAGCCACUGCGUCAUCAAUCUCCCUGAGAAGAUCUUCAAGCCUCCUACAGCCGGCAGCAAGAGUAAGGAGGACCCAGAAUGUCCAGAGAUGAACGAGAAGGACACGAAAGAGAAGGAAGAUUCUCUGCGUCCGCAGAACCUUACUUGCUGCAUACUUAUGCUGGAUAUAUUACUGAAACAGAUGGAGCUCCAGCAACGUCGAAUCAACAUACAAAAUGUGAGCAGCGAUGCUACAAAGUUGCUGCGUUUGAUGUUGAAGUCCAGCCAGAGCAAUACCAUAGAACAUGCGCGUUGUCUGUCGGAAGGAGCAUGUUCAUAUUGCGAAGCAGCAGCAUUGUGGCACCAGCUCGCCGUUCAGCUAGUACGGGCUCUCGUACCGGACAAGCCGAAACCCCAGCCAACGCCCCCUACAGAAGAGUCAUGGUUGGACAAGAAGGAGGACGAGCGCAGCAAGUCCGGCACGCCGGCCGCGCCCGACGCGCUGCUGUCCGUCGCGCACCCGCUCGACAAGAGCUCCGUCGGGGGCGUGCUCGUUCAUAUGCCACAUUUUGUUCAUUUCAUGCAACUGUCACUCAUAAGCGACGUCGAUUCGGAAGCGACCCUGACUAAGUCGUCAGCCGACACGCAAAUAAUGACAGCAACCGUGGAGACGAUCACUGAGCAACUGGAUAUGGCGACGAGUUUGCCCGCAACUGACGCUCCGCCCAUGGCUACCGCUCACACCAUCACGUUGACGGACACUGAUGUUGCUACCGCUACAGCUGAUGUGUCAACGCCUAACUUAUUGGGAGACCACGAAGCAAUGGCGGAAUCAGUGGAGGAAGACAUGACCAACUUCUGGCCGACGUCUGCGGGGAAAUUCCAUUUCUGCAUUGAAGAGCUGCCUCAGGAGUUACAGUACAUACACCAGCUGUUACAGGAAUUGAAAAGCACAUCCCACCCAAACGUGCUGUACCACCUGCUGCAGUGCUUGCAGGUGUUGGUUUUAAACGCCGACGCUCUUUCCGAGCACAGGGGCUUCUUGAUCUGGUGCCAGGAGAAUCUGCUUAUUGACAAUUUGUGGAGCGUCUGUGAUGCCUCACACUCAGCCAUCUGCUCCGUGGCCGUGCCAGUCCUGCUGCACUGCUGCACAUUAGCCGGCGGCGGUGAUGUUUUCUGCGCCCUAGUGCGAGACCAGUUCCACCACAGGGACGCGCGCGUGCGCUUCCGCGCUCUCGAGAAGGUCACCGUUAUCAUCAGAUUCAUGGACGGCUCGCCGAUCAAAACGAGUCUGCCUCUUCAAACGGCGCUGGCCACUGCCUUCUGUUACCUCAUCUCAAGCAUGGACGACAUUAACGUGUAUGUGGCGCAACGGGCCACCUUGUACAUCGGGACCAUACAUGACAACGCCAUUGAUUUGCUCGUAUACUGUCUGGAGACGCAGUUCGACCUGGUAAUCGUGGACCGAGCGAUGGUACUGCAGUGCGUGUACCAGCUCCAUAACACCCUGAGCGACCGCAACAUCCUGUCUUGGCAGUUUUUCCUCAACCGCUUCGAGGCACUGUUCCUUGAAGCGCAGAUCAACUCUAAUAAGAACGUGGAUUUCAACAACUUGAGAGAGCUUGUGAGUACGGACACAAGCUCCGAAUGGUUCCAAUACAAGGUGCGGCGCGCCCACGAAGCGCUGAGCGUGUCGGCCGUGAACACGUUGAGCGCGUCCUUCGGCACCAAGUGGCCGUACAAGCGGACUAUCUCCGCACCUGCUACCAUGCCGCCGCAGCCGGACAGACAACACGAGCGUGAGAAGGUUUACUCGCGCCAAUACUCGGCGCCCCUCUUGAAGAGGAAGACGUCGAGAUUUGGUCUCGGACAGCUGUUGGCGGCGCCGUCUAUACCGACUCCGCAGCGCGUUAACAACCAUGAGGGCUUGCACACGUUGUCAGGCCGGUCUACUGAGGAGAUCAUGACGGUGAUGCCUAAGGCGGUAGACCUAGAAGAGGCCGAUAGGGAAACCACCAAUCUGCUGGUGUUUCUUCUUAUGCAGUUCUUGUCAAGGUCUGACCAAGCUCAUCCAAAUGAAGACAAGCAAUCGUUGAAAACCCAAGAAGUGGUAUUGAGACAUCUGUUCCUGCUCCUGGGUUAUAAUUGUGUCGACAAAUGCUUCCACAUCUCGCCACACACUUUAAGGCAAUCUGCAAUCUUCAACGCUUUCAUAGCGAACUUGCCUCAAGUGUUGGACCAAAACCACUUGAUGGGCGCCAGUAUUGCUGAACCCACAUUAAUGUUGUUACAAUUCUGCAGCAGUCCAGGUUCGAGCGCUGGUGUGACUGCCCCGAUGUCCAUGGCCGGAACUCUAGUCACUCACUCCUUGCACGCUCUGGAGCCACAUGUCAGGCGCCACUGGCUUAUGGCUCUGUCCGUCGUCAUGUACAAGUAUCACUACGGUAGCGGGACGUUGUGUGCGCAAGUGCAGGCUUUAAUCCGCAUCGUGCUCAACACCGUAGAGGCGCAGUACCACGUGUGCAAGCGCAUCCCGCCCAUGAUCGUGAUGCCGCACACCACGAGAGAGCUAAGUCAACCGUCGCUGAAAUCCUGCGCGGCCCCCGAACGCGCGCAAGGCAGCCCCGCGCCGCUCGAGCGCAAGCCCAAACCCGCGGACGCCAUGCCCACGCACUGGGAGCAGCCCGCCAACAAGUCAGUACCUUCCAGAACUAUACACCGGGAUAUCAGGUAUCAGCAAUGGAGUCUCGAGCAUGAGUCGUCGGAGAGCGAACUAAUUGCUAUUCCUGAAACCAGCGACGUUGACACUACAGUCCACGGAAGUACGGCACCGGGCUCCUUUGAUGAGCCGUCACAUUACGAAGAUCCACCGCCGAAAAUCGAGACUGUUGCUACUACAUCGGCACCACAUCCACCACUUAGUAAGAUUGCUCAAUUGGGUUCCCGUUCUACACAUCAGUUGUCUACCAGUUCUUCGGUUUCCAUCGGUAGUGAUUCUUCAAAUUUGAAGUCGACUCCAAUGAGCGGCCAGUCUGUAGAGAUUUGGCCUGAUCAACUACAUGGACCACAGACUUCACCACGGGCCAAAAUACUGGGCAAACAGAAAAGGAUCAUCGUGGGCAGCAGCACCUCUCCAGACACGGCGCCUUCUUCCAAUGGCGAUGGGAACUUUGCCGCCUGGCCACCGCACCGCAAGGACAACGUCAAGAGCCCUGUACGUACCUUCACCGGCGCAUACGCAUCGCCCGAGUCGCCGCUGUCGAAAAUGGAGCUGGCGUGGAACGCGCCGUCGCCGCUGCACCAUCAGCCUCACCAGCCCUUCCACAUCCCCCCGCCAGAGAGAUUGCUGCCCAUCGGUCCGAAACCAAAUAAGGACCAGUAUCCAGUCUUCAACGCUUUAGUGGAUCGUGUUCGCGAAGCUCUAACUUUACCUCCAGACGAUUCUACUGACAAGACAGACUCCAGUAGUCAGCAGGAGCCGGAGCCGAUGCCUACGCCGACGCCGACGUCUCGACCGCAGGAUUUAGCCAAGAAACUUUCAUCCGAGGGUGCCACUCGUUCCCGAGGAGCGUCGCCCCGGCGCCUGGCGCGGCAGGCCGCGCAGCUCGGCUCGCCGCCCACGCCGCCGCCGCCGCCACCGCCGCCGCCGUCGGCAGCGAGGCCACAGAGUUCCGCAGAAAGCGCGAUGGACGGAAGCGGCGGCUGGUGGGAGGACGAGACGCGUGCCGGGCGCCGCGCCGCGCACGCUGGCACCGCGCCGCGUCCAGACACAACACUCCAAUAUCGCUGCGCUGAAUGUGGCACAGCUGUGGAGCAGUACAGCGAUGAAGAGUUGGGGCUCUGCGUGAUCAUUCUGGCCACGUUUGUGCACCGGGAGCCGUGCGCCGCGGCCGCUAUGCUACCGGCCUUACUGCAUAACGUUAGCAGAGUGGUCCAGCUAGGCAACUACGCUUGGCAAACGGAGACGAACACCCGGCUGCCGGGCAGCGCGGUUUUCGUAGCUCAUCAGUUUCUGCGAUGCGUACUGCAUCAACUGGCACCAAACAAUGUGUUCCUGCAGAUAUUCUUGCUUAGAAGUCCCGAGAAACAACGGCUGAUGUUCUUCAAGAGCAUCGCGCAGGCGUUCGUCGACUUCAACGAGCUGUACCCGUGCGGGCCGCUGCAACUCGUGGUCGAGCAUCUAAACUCCAAGAAGACUCUGCCUAUCGAUCAAAUAUCAGUAAUUGCAUCAAGCAUCUGCCUGUACCUUUCAUGCCUGGCACCAGAAGUGCUAGGCCCGACCACCGCCUGUUGCGCCCUACUUGGGCAGUUAGAAGCUCUCUUCCGCUCCAUAGUGUUACAACUGCCGGCCUUAGAUGAACCUGGGCCGCUGUUGCGAGCCGCUGCUGCAGUGCUGAGGAUACCCGGGGCUAAUCAGAACAAGAGCAUUCUCGAACCAAUUUCCAAGAUCAUCAGCUACUCUAUUCAGAACUACGUGGUCAAGCUGUCCAUAAUUUCCGAGCUAAGCGCCGUCUGUGUCCGCGUGUUCAGUCGCGACCGAGACAAGUUGCUCGUGUGUCGCGUGCUUGUGUUCGAACUUGUGCAAGCGCUGCGAACGAAGACAACUAUCCCGGAUGAGAACCUGUUCAUACUAAUACAGUUUGUGCUGCAAGGUCACAACUGCACCCUCGUCCUCCCGCCAGCGCUGAACACAGGCGACUUGCUCACGCCGAGCGGUCCCGAGGCGCGGGACCUCGGCUCCGGCGCCGUGGACUGCAUGCGGCCCCAUCUGCCCGACAUGAUCGACCUGCUACAGGACCCGCACCUGCUUAACAAGAUAAAGGGCUCCGUCUCCAAGUCAAUAGUGAACCGCAACCUAAUUUGCCUCAACGAAGACACGCUAGGAGCGAUCGUGAAGGGCGGUAUCGCUCAGUACGUUGCCUUAGAGCUGGCAGCGGAACGAGGCGGCAAGGCCUGCGCACAGGGCCGCCAUGUGUUGCCUUGGCUCACCACCACAGCCUUACCCGGAUCGCGGGAAGUUGGCGAGUGUAUCGCCCGCGUCCGGCUAGUGUCCUGGCUGGUGAUGGGAGCGCUGUGCAACGCGUGCGGCGGCGCCGGCUCCGAGCCGCAGCCGCUGCAGCAGCCAGUGCCGCAGGACGCCAACUGCCACAUCACCGACCACAUCCAGACAAUAAUGUCCUCAUACGUGGAGCAAACUAAACCGGGGCCUCAACGCAUGAACGCGCUGUUCCACGCCUUCAUCCUCUGCCACCUGUGGACCCUGUAUCUGGAAGAACUGGCGGGCGCCAGCACCCCUAGCAGCGAAGCGAACCACACCACUGUAUGCAUAUUGCUGGACUUCUGGUGCAAACUUGUGCCAAGUAUACUGCAGGUCACCGUGCAGUCUAAAAUCCUGGCGGAAACGGUGAACCUCCAUUUUCUAAGCCUGCUGGAAUCUUUAUUGGAAUGUAAUUCGACCGUACUCAAUAAACUUCUGCCUCUCUGGACGCCUAUCCUACACUCGCCACUUUUCAGCAUGCCUCCACACGUAGCCGAGCGCGUGGCAGCGUGCCGCGCUCUACGUCCAGAAGUGGUGCGCGCGCAGAAGCCCGCCCCCGCGCGCCCGCAGCGCCGCCUGCUGCGCCUGCUCGCCAAGAUGGCGCAGCUCGAGCUGCAGCCGCACGCCUUCUACUUCAUAUAAACUGUCUCACUCGUGACCAGCUCGUGGCCUACCUCGCUCCGACCUGAAAUGGUGCGCGACAGAAGCCCGCCCCGUAUACACCUAUCGUGUGGCGUCCCCAACGAUUCUUCUGCAGCCGCGCGUUUGCGCAAGCCUUCUACUUCAUAUACAUGUGUAUGCGAAGGUGAAAACAGAUAAAUAAUCUAGGCCUUCUAUCGUCCUUAACUGAUCUAAGCCCUCCUACGUACUCUACAUACGUUCAACUUACCUGGCCAACUUCAUCCCCACACGAGAAGGAGAGUGUUUGUUUAUGUUUAUUUGAUAGUCAUCAUCGAAAACUAUGUUGGUGGUGCGGGGUAUGCGGGGACGUUUUACUACCUAUACCUACUAGUUGUUAUAAAUUAUCUAGUAACUAGUCCAUAAUUUACUGUGAUUUUGUUGACUGUUAUAAAAUUAAGAGAAUCUUAGCCAAAUCUGUGUCAAAAUAGAUAUAAGUAGUCAAAACUCGUUAUUUGUUUAAGAAAUAAGCAUGAAUGUUAGAUUAAAAAUAAAAUCGUUUU